AUGAAUGAACCAGUCAGAAAAUCUUAUUUUGAUAUUGUUAAACGUAAUUUACGUGCGGCUGAUCGGCAAAUAGUAAAAAUAAUGAAUGAACUGAAUUCGAAAUUCAGUGAUAUUCCCAUUUUUGGAUUAAUGCUCAUUUAUCAGAAAUAUUUCAUUCAUCUUGUGACGGCACCGGAAGAAAUGAUUUUCAGACAUUUAAAGGCGAUAUUUUUUGAUACGGAAGAAAUAAAAUUAGGAAAAGUUCUUCACUUACCAGUUCAGCAUCAUGUUUAUCGGCCCUAUUUGACAAAAUGGUAUUCAAUAAUAACAAAGCCUCCAAUUCUUCUGGAAAAAUUAGAAAACACUGAACUCUCGGAAAUUGAAAGGCACGUUGAAAAUAUGAUGAUUAAAAUUUAUAAGCUUUGUGAAUUUUUAAUGGACACUAAAUUAAAAACAGAUCAAUCAAUUCAUGAAAUUUUGCAAAAUAUCGAGAAAAAAGUGCCUGAAUUUUUACCGGAAAUUACUGUAUUGGAAUAUUUGUUAAACGCAAACAGUCCAGUAUUUUACGAUUUACGUGUACAUUUAAAAAUUAUCGUCGAAAUUCCUUACGUUCACUUUUAUUCAGAUAGAGUGUGGCCGACUCCUUGCAACUUUAUGCCAACAUUUUCAUUUUCCUCAACUACGUCAGGAAAAGACAGGGAAAAAUAAAGAAAAUUCAAACACCUUUAAUAUUCCUUGACAUGUCGACAUAAAUACAUAAAGAAUAAAAAGAAUUUUUUGUAUACAAAGCUUUUUCCUUUUCUCUCGAAAAGAAGAAAAUAACCUUUUUUUCCUCUGACAUAUUCCAAUAAUCUCUUACCAUCUUCAUUGUAUAAAAAUUUUUCUUUUCAAAUUAAUUCAUUUAAUUUGAGUAUCUUAGGGUUUGAUUUCAAAAAA